AUGAAGAAAGGUGAAUAUAUCAAUCAGACUGUUAUUGACAUUACUGGAAAAAUUGAUGCACUUGAGGAGCAGAGCAGUCAAGGUUCCUUUACUCCAAGUGGAAAGAUAGACAUCCUGGCAGCUGCAACUGGGAAGUUAGACUAUCCUGGUCGAGUGAGAGGCUUAUCAAAGAUAGUUGGUUUAACCCAAUUCUUUGGUUCCAGUUCACAAAGCUCUAUAGGAAGAAGUUUCCUAAGUGCUGACCUGAUAGACAAAGUUCAAGAACAAGUUUGCCAAGAGAUUAUCACAAGUGAUGAGGUCUACCAAUUCUUCAAAAAUGAGCUUAUGUCCGAGAUUCAGGAGGAGAUGCGAUCUUUGGUCUCAAGCAUGCAAAUUGGGCAAUUUCAACAACAAGAACGUACACCUCAGAAUUCUCUAGCCUAUGGAAGCACAAAAGGGAGCUUCAAUCCACAAGUGCCGUCAGCUUUGUUUGAACCUAGUCCCACACCAAAUGAUAGAGAACCUUGUGUUCUCUAUUUAGAUGACCCAAAUAUGCGUGCUAUUACCAAUGCCAUUAAAUACACACAAGGGUCUAAAAUUCAUCAUCAAAAAGUUCCAGCAGACUCAAGCAAGGUGAUGGUUAUGGCUGUUCGAGAGGAGGAGGUAGAUUCAGACGUGCCGUUCCCCAGUGAUGAGGUUGGCAAGCUAGGCCAAGCAAAAAGAUAUUUCAUUUUAUGGCCUAAAAGACUUAUUGACGUCAUAUCUCCCAUGAUACUUUCACAACUUGUGCGCUUCUACAUGAAAGGGACAUUUGUAUAGAUUCAUGUGUCCAGCCGCUUUAGAACCUUUGAAGAAUACUAUUGAUAGGUGAAUGAGAUAAAUGGAUAAUGCCAUUGCAGACACUGACUUCCCUUGUUAUUU